AGGGAGGGCUCCCAAGCAGACGGACAACGCGCAGUGCGGCUGCCAUGGGCAAACAGUGACCCGCUGCUCAGCGCGAACUUCUUGCUGGCGCGGAGCCCUCUGGCUGGUGGUGCGUCUCCUCGGUCACCAUGAAAGACGACUUCGCGGAGGAGGAGGAGGUGCAGUCCUUCGGUUACAAGAGGUUUGGGAUUCAGGAAGGAACACAAUGUACCAAAUGUAAAAAUAAUUGGGCACUGAAGUUUUCUAUCAUAUUAUUAUAUAUUUUGUGUGCCUUGCUAACAAUCACAGUAGCCAUUUUGGGAUACAAAGUUGUAGAGAAAAUGGACAACGUAACAGGUGGCAUGGAGACAUCUCGCCAAACCUAUGAUGACAAGCUCACAGCAGUGGAAAGUGACCUGAAAAAAUUGGGAGACCAAACUGGAAAGAAAGCUUUAAGCACCAACUCAGAACUCUCUACCUUCAGAUCAGAUAUUCUCGAUCUUCGUCAACAACUUCGUGAGAUUACAGAAAAGACCAGCAAGAACAAAGAUACUCUGGAGAAGUUACAGGCCAGUGGGGAUGCACUGGUAGACAGGCAGAGUCAACUGAAAGAAACUUUGGAGAAUAACUCUUUCCUUAUCACUACAGUAAACAAGACCCUCCAGGCGUAUAAUGGCUAUGUCACUAAUUUGCAACAAGAUACCAGUGUGCUGCAGGGCAAUCUGCAGAGCCAAAUGUAUUCUCAUAAUGUGGUUAUUAUGAACCUCAACAACCUGAACUUGACCCAGGUACAGCAGAGGAACCUCAUCACUAACCUGCAGCGCUCUGUGGAUGACACGAGCCAGGCUAUCCAGCGAAUUAAGAAUGACUUUCAAAAUCUACAGCAGGUUUUUCUUCAAGCCAAGAAGGACACUGAUUGGCUAAAGGAGAAAGUACAGAGUUUGCAGACAUUGGCUGCCAAUAACUCUGCAUUGGCCAAAGCCAACAAUGACACGCUGGAGGAUAUGAACAGCCAGCUCAGCUCCUUCACAGGUCAGAUGGACAAUAUCACCACAGCCUCACAAGCCAAUGAGCAGAACCUAAAAGACCUUCAAGAUGUACAUAGGGAUGCGGAGAACAGAACAGCCAUCAAGUUCAACCAGCUGGAGGAACGCUUCCAGCUCUUUGAGACGGAUAUUGUGAACAUCAUCAGCAACAUCAGUUACACAGCCCACCACCUGCGGACGCUAACCAGCAAUCUGAAUGAAGUCAGGACCACUUGCACAGAUACCCUGACCAAACACACAGAUGAUUUAACCUCCUUGAAUAACACACUUGCCAAUAUCCGUUUGGAUUCUGUUUCUCUCAGGAUGCAACAAGAUAUGAUGAGGUCAAGGUUAGACACUGAAGUAGCCAACUUGUCAGUGAUUAUGGAGGAAAUGAAGCUGGUAGACUCCAAGCAUGGUCAACUUAUCAAGAAUUUUACAAUACUACAGGGUCCUCCUGGCCCCAGGGGUCCAAAAGGUGACAGAGGACAACAAGGACCCCCAGGUCCCACUGGCAAUAAGGGGCAGAAAGGCGAGAAGGGGGAAGCUGGUCCACCUGGCCCCACUGGUGAGAGGGGCCCAAUUGGUCCCAUUGGCCCCCCUGGAGAGCGCGGUGGCAAAGGAUCCAAAGGCCUGCAGGGACCCAAAGGCUCCAGAGGAUCCCCAGGGAAGCCUGGCCCUCAGGGCCCCAGUGGGGAUCCAGGCCCUGCAGGUCCACCAGGCAAAGAUGGACUCCCAGGCCCUCAGGGCCCUCCUGGCUUCCAGGGACUUCAAGGCACUGUUGGGGAGCCAGGUGUGCCUGGACCUCGGGGACUGCCAGGCUUGCCUGGGGUGCCAGGCAUGCCAGGUCCCAAGGGCCCCCCUGGACCUCCAGGCCCUUCAGGGGGAGCUGUGCCCCUGGCCCUGCAAAGUGAGCCAACCACAGCACCUGUAGCCAAUGGCUGCCCACCCCACUGGAAGAACUUCACAAACCAAUGCUACUAUUUUUCGGUUGAGAAAGAAAUUUUUGAGGAUGCGAAACUUUUCUGUGAAGACAAGUCUUCACAUCUUGUUUUCAUAAACACAAGAGAAGAACAGCAAUGGAUAAAAAAGCAGAUAGUUGGGCGAGAUAGUCACUGGAUCGGCCUCACAGACUCAGAGCGUGAAAAUGAAUGGAAGUGGCUAGACGGGACCUUUCCAGAGUAUAAAAAUUGGAAAGCUGGACAGCCAGAUAACUGGGGCCAUGGCCAUGGGCCAGGAGAAGAUUGUGCUGGCCUGAUCUAUGCUGGGCAAUGGAACGAUUUUCAAUGUGAAGACAUCAAUAACUUCAUUUGUGAAAAAGAAAGGGAGACAGUGCUAUCAUCUGCCUUAUAAUGGACUGUUGUGAUAACAUGGACAAAUUUUCAGACAGUUUUCAAAGGCUACUUCUUUCUGAUUGUAUCACCUUCUCAUCGACUUGGGGGGGGUAAGCACUGAAGACAGAUUACUGAGAAUAAUUGACAGAUAUUCUUUACCACCCACCAUCAUUCAAGAACUUGAAAACUAAAAACGACCUUCAGUGUGAUGUGUUGAUUUUGGGGAUGCAAACGGACUGACUGGCAUAGGAUGCUCUCAGCCAGUAAAGGUGCAGCUAUGCAAGUCACAUCUUCCAGAGUGUGGAAAGCGCAAAUCAGACUAUUGUUGGUUGUUGAGCUGUAAGGAAAAUCCAUAUACUGUGUAAACAGUCUUUCUAAAAUCCCAAGUGUAGGAAAAUUAUGCAGACAUACAGAUAUAUAGGCUAGCUCUUAGUAAUAAUAUGAAAUAUACUUAAAGAGCUUUUACAACUUUGUAUUUUUGUACAAAAGAUUACCUUUCAAAACAUUUUUCCUUUUUUUUGUUGUCAUUUUACCAAUAUAAUACAUGGAGCCAAAGAAAAUGGUACUAAUAAAAACUCAAAGGGUUUCUUCUCAGAUUUAAUUUUACCCAGUAGCAGUUUUUUUCAAUUGUGGUUUAAAAAAAUAAUGAAAUGUGUGUAUAUAUAUUUUUUCUAAAGUAUCAUUUCCUCAGAGGAAUCAAAUCACUUGAAAUGUCUAGAUUUCAAUUGUAGACUUUGUCAGUGCAGAUCAAGCCUGAGCAUCUACAUGACAGACAAGUGAGCUGUGCACUAUCACCAACCAACGCUCUUGCUGUGUACCUGGCUGGGUCCGAAGUGGUCAACUCAGAUAUCUUACUUCAUUUCUGUAGGAGUCGGGGUGGUAGAGAGGCAAUCUGUUAGGAAGGGUGGGCAUUUGGUAACCUAGAAGCCCUAUUUUGUGGCUGAUUCAUGAAUAUACUUGGUAUUGGUUCAACUGUCAGGAAAAUAUGGUGUCACAUUAGCCAAAGGCAGAGCUACUAGACAGAUAGGAACAGCUAUAUACUACUUGGAAUGUUUGCUGCAUUCUUCAGUCAGAUUUCAAAUAAGUGUCAUUCCAAGGCACAUAUAUAAAAUGUUUUGCCCCUGUGCUAACCUCUUGUAAAGAGCCUUUCCCGAGCCCAUCAUUCUCUUGUUCCUUGACGUGCCAUUGAAAACUCUAACGUGAAAUGUGCUCAAAGUAGGCACUAGAUGUCACUAAUGUUCAAAGGUUAAGAUUUCCAAUCAACAAAUGUCCUCUUCUCCCCUGGAGCUCCCCAGGCAGUGCUGCUAUCUAUCGCAAAUAAAAUGGUAAAAGAAUAAAGACAGAGUUGACUUUCAC